AUGCGAUGCAUAACUACUUUGGCUGGUGGAUUCGCCGAGGCAUUUAUUUACAAGCUUGUUAUUGAGAGUCAGAGUGACUAUCCUCUGGGCAGACCUUUUCCGCCUCGACUCGAGAGUCUGGAUAUAAGGAACAUAAAUCUUCGGAGAUUUGACAACCGUAUCUUACGGUUGACAAAUUUGUCUGCAUUAAGCAUAGAGGCUAGUCGAAUUUCGUCAGUUCCCAAGGAUGUGGAGUGCUUACGGCUGACUCUCCUCUGCUUGAAAUCAAAUUUGAUUGAAACUUGGCCGAGUGUCUCGAAGGGUUCCGCGCUUGCUAUCAGUCUGCGUUAUUUGAAUUUAUCAGGGAACAGAAUCGCGUGGCUGCCUGAUGACUUCUGGAAUCUGGAGAAUCUGGAAAGCCUGCUUAUAACGGACAACCACUUGGCUGCAUUGCCGGCAGCCAACUUGCAGAGGCUGAAGAAGCUUAGAGAUCUUCAUCUGCAAAAUAAUAGGCUGCGCUGUCUGCCUUAUGCUCUCUCCCAAUUCCGGAGAAUGGGGAUGCUAAGUCUUUCCGGUAAUCCUUGGGUGAAACCUUUCCCGCCAGUGGAGCGCAACGAAGCUCCCAAAAGUCUUUUUCACUUCGCAUCUGCGGUGGUUCUACGAAACUACGGACAUUUGCUGCACGCAUUGGUUUUGCAGUUGCCUCGCAAUGUGGAGAUGCAAUUGUCGGUCUUGCGUCGCUGUUUCCGAUGUGGACGAGUUUGUGGUGCGGAAGCAGACUGGUACGUAGGGUAUAUUGAGCUGGAUUAUACCGAACGCAUCUACUCCCCUUUAUUGGGCGUGAGGAGUGAGGUGAAACCGGUCUGCAUCCGUUACUACUGCUCACCCCAUUGCGGCAUUCGAGGGCGGAUGUACGAGCACUUCCAUUAA